UAGAGCCAGAAAGAUGUCAUGAAGGAGAUGACUGCUUUGUAAGGCAGGGCUAAACUUCUGAGUACCUUGAUUACAGCAAGCUGCAUGAGUGGCCCCCAAACCACAUCCUUCAUGGUUUUCCUCUGAAUGUCUUUAACGUGAAAUGGGCCUGAGCCACUCGAGGGCUCACCCAAGGGUGACCAAAGUAGCACCUUUGCAAAACAAAGAGGAAGAGCCUCCCUCAGCUGGCCCUGUGGACAUUGUAUUCAAUCAGAAGCUGGAAGAAAAGAGUUCAUAUUUGUUCACGAGACUGCAGGACCGGAGUAAAGCUUUGGAAGGGCAGCUGCCACCUCUACGAGAGACCUGGUAUGGAAGGUAUUCUGCAGUGCCCAGGGCCAUGUAUUUUGACAUCCCACUGGAACAGGGAGAAACAAGUAUUAUUAAAAGGCAUCCACCCCGAAGACUUCAAAAGCUUGAACCCGUUGACCUGCCACAUGUAAUUACUUCUGAAAGGCUCCUGAGCCAGCAAGAAGCCUGGACAGCUCACAAAGCAAAGCAGGAAUCGGAAAAGAAGAUGCAAACUCCAAUGCAUACUUCCGGGAAAAGACAAUAUUUACAUAAGAUGCAAAUGCUGGAAAUGAACCGUAAAAGACAAGAGGCCCAAGUGGAGUUGAAGAAAAGUCUUCACAGGGAGGCAAGAAUUAAUAAGCAAAAUCUGAGGGACCAUAAAGCCAAGAAAAUCCUUCAAAGCAUCCCAAUAAAUGAUGGUGGUGAACUCCUAACCUUGUUGCCUGAUGAAACCUUGAACAGAAGUCUAGGAAAUUCACAGAAUGCAGAACUUUUGGAACAUCAAGCAAGGAAUGACUGUUGUCCCCGGAAAAUUGGCAAAAUGGAAACAUGGCUCCGUGAACAAGAGGCCCGGGGACAGCUGCUCUGGGACAGCUCCAGCUCUGACUCAGACGAGGUGGGGAAAGUUGAGAAGAAACCGAGAGUGCUGAAGAAGAAACCAGAUCUGAGCCCUUCAACUCUCAGGAUCACAAGGCUGCCAGUGGCAGCAUCAGGAUUUGAAGCCCAGCUUUCUACUAUCCAAGCCUGUGUAAUGGACCACUCUACAAGAUGCUGUGCUGUGCCUCAGUAUUCCGUGGUUCCCUCUGGACUCCAGUUUAUGUUGAAUGUUAAAUACACCAAAUGGCUACUCCUGAACAGUAUCUACUAAAACAAAAUGGGAGCAUCCAAGAGCUGGGACCAAACUACAAGAAAAUCCUGAUCCCUAACUCCUAGUUCCGUCCUAGGAGCUCUCACACAUUUCUUCUGCCUCAAGAUGCAAAGGAUGAUAUUCAGAGUGUGACACAUCUUCUUGCACAUUUCCUGGAGGAUCAGAUAGAAACCUCCUCAUUUCUCUUUCACUCGAGAAAGGAAAACAGAAUCAAGCAAGCUUAAGUGACAUUGUUAUAGGGGUCAUUGAUUCUAAUUUAUGAAAAAGAAUACCUUUGGGAACUUCUGUGUCAACUAUUGUCAGUAAUAAGGCACAAAUAGCUAUGGAUAUGAUGUAUAUUAUUUACAUAUAUGCUGGGUUAAAUUUGUUGCUUCCUUUUAGGACUGUUGCAUUUUCCCCCUCUUCUUUUGCAAUUAUUUCAUUUUACCUCGAUGGCUACCAUAGCAGACCUGAGAGAAGGACAGAGAAAGCAGAGAAGUCUGUUAGGAAUUGCUCCUUCCCGGGGCCAGCCCUGUGGCACAGCAGUUAAGUUCGCAUGUUCUGCUUUGGCGGCCUGG